CGGUGACGGCCGCGGGCGCUCAAGCAUGGCGGCGGCGGCGGCGGCUUUGGGCAGCUCCUCGGGAUCGGCGUCCCCGGCCGUGGCCGAGCUCUGCCAGAACACCCCGGAGACCUUUCUGGAGGCCUCUAAGCUGCUGCUCACCUACGCCGACAACAUCCUCAGAAACCCUAAUGAUGAAAAAUAUAGAUCUAUCCGGAUUGGAAACACAGCUUUUUCUACUAGACUCUUGCCUGUCAGAGGAGCCGUUGAAUGUUUAUUUGAAAUGGGCUUUGAAGAGGGAGAAACACAUCUUAUCUUUCCUAAAAAAGCUUCAGUGGAGCAGCUCCAAAAAAUUCGUGAUCUAAUUGCCAUAGAGAGAAGUAGCAGAUUGGAUGGAUCAAAUAAGAGCCACAAAGUAGAAUCAUCUCAGCAACCUGCCACCAGUACCCAGCUUCCUACAGCACAGUCUUCAAAUCCUAAUGGGUUAACCCAGCAUUCAGGGAACCAUCAAGGACAGUCAUCAAAUCCACCAUCUGGUCCAAUGGUUACUACUAAUUCAACCAUUCUCAAAGUUCUUCAGUCCAACAUUCAGCAUGUGCUGGUCUAUGAAAACCUUGCACUCCAGGAGAAAGCAUUGGCUUGUAUUCCAGUCCAAGAGCUAAAACGAAAAUCACAAGAGAAGUUAUCUAGCACUAGAAAAUUGGAUAAAGGUACUAAUUUAAGAGAUGAAGAUUUUCUCUUGCUGGAGCUUUUGCACUGGUUUAAGAAGGAAUUUUUUCACUGGGUGGAUAAAAUUUCAUGCAGCAAAUGUGGUGGACAAACUAGGUCUAGAGGUAAAUUAUUAUUGCCCGAUGAUGAUGAGCUGAAGUGGGGUGCGAACAACGUAGAAGAUCAUUACUGUGAUGCAUGCCAGAUCAGCAAUCGAUUCCCAAGAUAUAAUAACCCUGAGAAACUUUUGGAAACAAGAUGUGGACGGUGUGGCGAAUGGGCCAAUUGUUUUACACUGUGCUGCCGAGCUUUAGGAUUUGAAGCUCGCUAUGUUUGGGAUUACACAGACCAUGUCUGGACAGAAGUCUAUUCCCCUUCUCAGCAGCGGUGGCUGCACUGUGAUGCAUGUGAAGAUGUCUGUGACAAACCACUCCUUUAUGAAAUAGGAUGGGGCAAGAAGCUUUCCUAUGUCAUAGCAUUUUCUAAAGAUGAGGUAGUUGAUGUCACUUGGCGAUAUUCUUGUAAACAUGAAGAGGUGAUCUCCAGAAGAACUGAAAUUAAAGAAGCAUUACUUCGAGAAACUAUUAAUGGGCUUAAUAAGCAGAGGCAACUAUCUUUGUCAGAAAACAGAAGAAACGAACUUCUUCAGAGAAUAAUCGUGGAGCUUGUUGAAUUUAUAUCUCCCAAAACUCCUAAACCUGGAGAACUUGGUGGAAGAAUCUCUGGGUCAGUGGCUUGGAGAGUAGCCCGAGGUGAAAUGGAUCCAGAGAAAAAAGAAACCCUGUUCAUCCCCUCUGAAAAUGAGAAGAUUUCUAAACAGCUCCACCUUUAUUAUAAUAUUGUGAAAGAUCAUUAUGUCCGAGUGUCAAAUAGUAAUCAAACCAUUUCUGGAUGGGAGAAUGGUGUGUGGAAAAUGGAAUCCAUAUUCAGAAAAGUUGAAACAGAUUGGAACAUGGUGUAUUUAGCCCGAAAGGAAGGAUCAUCUUCUGCUUAUAUUUCCUGGAAGUUUGAUUGUGGGUCAGUUGGCAUAAAAGUAGAUACCAUUUCAAUUAGAACAAGUAGUCAAACCUUUCAGACUGGCAUAAUACAGUGGAAAUUGCGAUCUGAUACAGCUCAAGUAGACCUGACAGGUGAUAAAAAUCUUCGCUCCUAUCAUGAUUUUUCUGGUGCCACUGAAGUUAUUUUGGAAGCAGAAUUAAGCAGAGGAGAUGGCAAUGUUGCUUGGCAACAUACCCAGCUGUUUAGACAAAGCUUAAAUGACCAUGAAGAAAAUUGUUUGGAGAUAAUUAUAAAAUUUAGUGACCUUUGAGAACUGGAACAUUAUAGAAAAGCUGGCAAUAAUCAAGGACUUACCAUGAUCUAAAAUAGUCUGUUGGUUCAGUGCAUGCUUAGUUGGCAGUUUAUAUCCUCUGCUAGCAUAUUUCUUUUGCUGACUAUCCAUCAUGUAACCCUUAUGAAAAUAAUCUUUAUACUGUGAACCAUAAUGAAAUCUUGAGUUAAAAAUUCUCUUCCAUAUGUGACUAUAAUUUGAAAUAAAGUCUUGUUGCCUCACUAUGAGAUUUUAAUCUAAAAACUGUAUGUACAGUUUUAAAAGUAAAAUGAUAAUAUUCGUGAUUAAAUGCUAUUUAUGAUUAUAAUAAAAUCUUGGACUCAGAAUAGUAAUUUGACAUUUUCUGAUCAGCCAUUAAUUUCCUCAUAAGUGGUUGGACUUGAUUUUCCUAAGAUUUUUAAUUUUUAAUAAAUGUGAA